UUGUCUGCCCGGCCAGACGUGAACUAGUGUCCUGCUACUUUUUGUGAAAAACACUUAAGUCAAAUUGACCAACAUGUCUGAAAUGGAUGAGGAUGCACCAUUGUCGGAGGUGGAGGGAGAGGAAGAAGCACCUCAACAAGGAGCCGAAGAUCUCGAGAAGGUACAGGUUUGCCAUUUGACCAAAGAAACCAUAAGUCGGGGGCUCUCGUUGCUGUGCCAAACAGGAAAUGGACUUGGACAUGCAUUUGUCAAACUCGACCUAAAAGACAACAAACUGAACGACAUUGCUGCGAUCAGCAAUUAUACUCACCUACGUUUUGUGGAUGUAUCCAACAACCACCUUAUUGAUCUUUCUCCUCUGGCAUCUCUCACCCAGCUGAUCUGGCUGAAGGUUGACAAUAAUGCUGUGAAAUGCUUCAAAGGGCAACCCUUCGCUCAGUUGACCUUCUUGAAGUGUCUGAGUAUGGCAAUGAACCGGCUAACAGAUCUGGACGGCCUGGUCGGGCCUGCAUUGGAGAGCCUCAAUCUUGCAGGUAACGGUAUUCAGAGAUUGAAUGGUCUCCAGAGUGGCUGUUUUGCCAACCUGGUAACUCUGGAGCUGAGGGGAAACAAAUUGGAAACCACUGAUGGCAUCAACCUUCCCAACCUGCGGCAAUUAUAUCUGGCCCAAAAUGGCAUCAAUCUUUUGGAGGGUUUAGAGAAAUUGGAGCGCCUCACCACCCUUCACCUCCGAGACAACCAGCUAGAUACUCUGGAUGGCCUCAGCCCCAACAUGAAGUGUCUCCAAUACCUCAAUGUCAGAGGAAAUGCAAUCGUCGAUGAGAAGGCCCUACAAAGCCUUGCGCUUGUGUCAAAAACUCUGCGAGCUUUAGUCCUCUCUGACAAUCCUCUGGUGGAAACAACGGACUACCGGCUGAGCGUACUGAUUCUCCUGCCACAGCUGGAGCGACUUGACAAAGACCCCGUCUCCCCGAGGAGAUGGCCGAGGCCUGGGAGAGAAUCAAAGGAACUUAAAGAAGAGGAAGUCAUUUGAGCCAUAGUAUUUGCAAUGAUGGCCAAAAUGAAGAAGUGUUUGACUUCCUUGAAAACACAGGCUUUAGUGUGUAAGUGGGUGACUUUGAUUGUGUUGUGUGAAAAGUAUAUGAAGCUAAAUCUUGAUCGGGUGAUCUGUCUGAUUCACUUUGUAUCUGUAAAAUGUGUAUAUAAGGGUUGCUUAUGUCAUGU